AUGGGUGUCCGUCAAAUCGUUUUUCACCGGUUUAUCACCCGGCAUCAAAUGUGGGCCGCGGAAAACGCAGUGAAGCUAUGCAAGCGAGUAAUAAAAGGCAUGCGGGAGUCAAUCGAUGUAGACGCUGCACUGCAAACUUUUCUUUUGUCAUAUCGAAAUAGCGUCCAUAGUAGUACCGGCGAAAGCCCUUCCAUGUUGCUUCAACGGCGCGCGCUCCGUUCUCGGUUAGAUCUCCUGAGAGGUGAGCGUGCCCGCGAGGACAGCGUGCGGGAUGCGCAAGCACGCCAAGUUCAAUACGCAGGCGGCGUGCCGCGCGAUUUGCAAUUAGGAGACCAAGUUAUGGCUAGGGGCUAUGGCGGUAAAGAUAAAUGGCUAGACGGUACGGUGAUAGGUAGAGAGGGUUCACAAAGGUACAUUGUAGAAAGCGGUAACGGUCAAAGGUUUCACAGACAUAUUGAUCAAAUAAAGCGCAAAUCCCGUUAUUCGGUUCGCGAUGAGCUCAGCAAG